AUGGGUCAUACACACAGCGUCAGUGCAGGCUCGUCCGCCGGUGGUGGGGACAGCGGCGGCGGCGCUGCCGUGGCAGAAGCGUUGGUCAUCUCACCGUCACCAUUCACACCACCAGCGCUGAAUAAAUCGCUGAUGGAACCGCGAUGGACGGCUAGACGUCUCUCGGCAGAGCAAGCGGCAGACCUGUGCACUGAGCUAGCGCGUCUAGUCGUGGCGCUCGAGCUCGCAUAUCCGGCUGACAGACCAGAAGAGGGUGGAGCGGAGGUGGCUCGCGUUAGUGCUGCUGCACAUAAAGGGGAAGGCGAUGCGCACGCCUGGAGUGGUGUGCCACUCAAGGACCCGUUGGCGGAAGAGUCGGCGGCGCUGCUUCUGAAGCCGUUCGAAGAGGUGCACCUCUCCGGCUACCGACUAGGCGAUGCCGCCCUCACGUCGCCGAUCCCACCCGACCUGCCGUCUUUUCUAUUGGUCGUAUCUCGGCACAAGCGGCUCAGCGUGCUCGAUCUGAGCUUCAAUGAGCUGACGCCGCAGGUGUUGGUGCCCCUCCUUCAAGCCAUCCGUGAUCUGCCGCUGCUGGUGGUGCUGAAACUCAGCGGCAACUUGCUCGGAUCAGCUCGCGGUGACGACAACCACAGCGACCUGCACGAGAAAUGGGACUUGGCGACCGUGAGUGUGGAUGAGGAACUCGGAGGUGCAGCGACUGCGGCUGCACGCCUUGGCCAUUGGCUCGCCACGAACCCGGCGCUGCUGGAGCUGGCGCUGUUUCACUGCGAUCUUAAUGACAGAGACGUGCGCGCGCUGCUCUCCGGCCUCGUGCACCCCCGCAACACCACCUUGCACACGCUGCAGCUUUCAUGGAACCUGGCGUGCACCUCGCGCAGUGCGCAGAUGGCCCUGCAGCUGGUCACAGACCUAAGGAACACAACCCUGUGCAAGGUGGAUCUGGAGGGCGUGGCACCGGCAACACAGGUACGACUCGAGUAUGCAUGCACGCCUGACGGCCUCUUCCGCUCCGGUCGCACCCUCAUCCCGGCGAGCGCGGGCACACCAACCGCGGCCGGCGACGAUGAUAACAGCGGCAAGACAGCCACAGUGGAUUCAAGUGCGGCAACUGCCGACGUCGUGGACCUUGAACAGCUCCGGCAGCAGCAGCAGCAGCUAGCCGAGAUCCAGACGCGCCUCACGCCUGCCCAGGGGGCCCGCUACGAGAACCGCUGCCGGUACCUCGAGGAGGAUUUGGAUGGGUCGCGUGUACUGGCACCGUUAAUCAUGCAUGAGCUGGCAGCGGUGCUGUCCACGCGUCCGCAGCCGCAGCCGCGCAUCGUCGAACACUACGGCGCGAAUGUGUUGCUGGACACCGCCACCCUCGCGGCACGGGAGAUGAAUUUUGCCUCCACUGCUGACACGGGAACGCAAGACGGCGACGGCGGCACCGAGCUCUUGGCGCUCGUUACGGCAAAGGAGUGCGGCGGCGACAAUCCUCACAAUGGCCGCGCCGCGCCAUCCCCGGCGGCCUCCACCAAUUCUCCCACCGGCGCCCACCGGCCGCCCCCCGAGGCCGCCCCACACCCACACACAUCGGAUGCCAUACGCCCACGCACGUGCCCGCCAACGCACCUGCGCCGUAGCGGGCUCACCUCGGCGGUGAGUAUGGGCAGGGUCAACAGGUCCUCGUCGGGGCGACACUCUAUGCAUCAGGAGUGGCAACGUAACCGCACACCACAAGAGCGGCGCGAUGCUCGCUUCGAAACACCGCAGCGCCUCGCUGGUGUGAUGGCCGACGCCGAGGCAUUCCGCCGUCGCCUGCGACCUGUGCCGCUUGACACGCACGCGCCACCGUGCGCCGAGGUCAGCCGACACCGCAGCGGCGCGCGCAGUGCCUCGGCGACAGGGGUGAGGGCAACGUGGUACGCCGACGACGACUUUGUGCUGCGUUCAAAUGGGCUGUCGAAGGUGCUUCUUGCGCCGGUGCUCCCUGGUGGCGCGGCGGCCUACCACAACGUGGCACUGGAGGAUGUGCAGGACCGCCCCCUUCACCCCUGCUGGUGUACGCCGCGCCAGACGUCCGCCAUGACUGGCAUGUUUGCUGGCACACUACACUACCACUGCGUCCACGAGGCAGCGGCACAGAAAAAGCAGCAGCCGCAGCACGGUGCCUCCUCGCCGCCACCGACAUCGGCGGCCGAGACAGUGGUGAGGCCACCCAACCCCAACAGAUCCAAGAGUCGGCUGCCGUUGCUGCUUCCGCAGGUCCCGCCGCCGCCGCCGCCGCAGCAGCAGCAGCAGCCGUCAAUCCAGCUCUCCAACCCGGCGGAGAUGUACUGCGGAUGCCAGGGUACUGGUCAUCUCUGCCUCUCCGCGUGUGCGGCCUCAGAGGAAGCGGGCGGUGCUCGGCGCCGUGAUCGCAUGCGGGUGACGCUGCGCGCGAAGUCUGCCAAGGGCAUCGGCAAGGCUGGCGUCAGUGGGCGUGGCGCGUCGGCGUCUCGCAAAUCCGACGGUACGCGUGCGCGUUUCCUCGACUGGAUGGCCACCGACGGCGAUGACGAUGUUCACAAGCUCUACGACACCGUCGUCACAACGACGGCGCCGCCGUCAUUGCGUGUGCACACUGUGCACACGGCAUGCGGUAGCCUGUCAGUGGCCCUCAACUACGACCCGGUGAGCCAUUUCUCUGCGCAGCAUGUGAGCUGCGCAUCUGACAUGACGCUGGCUGAGUUCUAG